AUGUCACGCCCCAUCGUGUCCAGGGGACUCUGGUCAUCACUUUCCUUACCAACAAAGCCAUCCGUGUGUACCUCAUGCAGAUCUACCUUCCGAGGGAUUUCGACCUCGAAGGCUCUGACUUCUUCACACACGGAAGCACAGAACAAGUUGCUGGGAGACCAUCUCAAAGAUGCAGACCCGGAGAUUUUCGAGAUAUUGCAGAGGGAAAAACGGAGACAAAAGCAUUUCAUCAACCUCAUCCCUUCAGAGAAUUUCACUUCUCAAGCUGUAUUGGAUGCCUUGGGCAGUGUCAUGCAGAACAAAUACUCGGAAGGUUAUCCCGGUGCUCGAUAUUAUGGUGGCAAUGAACAUAUCGACGAAUCCGAAAGACUUUGUCAGAAGCGAGCUCUUCAGACUUACCGGCUCAAUCCCGAGGAAUGGGGUGUAAAUGUUCAAGCUCUAUCUGGUUCUCCGGCUAACUUGUACGCCUAUUCCGCACUUCUCAACACACACGACCGUAUCAUGGGGCUUGAUCUACCUCAUGGUGGUCACCUAUCCCAUGGCUAUCAGACGCCGACCAAGAAGAUCUCCAUGAUCUCCAAAUAUUUCGAAACCUUUCCUUAUCGUCUAGACGAAUCUACUGGUCUGAUCGACUACAAUAAGCUCCGAGAAAAUGCAUUACUCUACCGACCCAAAAUCAUUAUUGCAGGCACAUCCGCCUACAGCCGAUUGAUCGACUAUGAAAAGUUCCGCGCCAUUGCCGACGAAGUCGGUGCUUAUCUCUUGAGUGACAUGGCUCACAUCUCCGGCCUCGUGGCCGCAGAUGUCAUCCCUACUCCCUUCCAAUACUCUGACGUCGUUACUACCACCACUCACAAAUCUCUACGUGGUCCUCGUGGAGCCAUGAUUUUCUACCGCAAGGGCGUCCGCCGGACCAACAAGAAAGGUGAGAAGGAACUGUACGACCUCGAGGGCCCGAUCAACGCCUCGGUGUUCCCGGGACAUCAAGGUGGUCCACACAACCAUACAAUUACCGCACUCGCGGUGGCUCUAAAGCAAGCACAGAGCAAAGAGUUCAAAGAAUAUCAGCAAACUGUACUUACCAACGCAAAGGCUUUGUCCGAGAGGUUGGGCAAUGGCGCAUAUUCGGGCGGCCUGGGCUACAACGUUGUGUCUGGAGGCACAGACAACCAUCUUGUAUUGGUCGACCUGAAAUCAAAGGCCAUCGAUGGUGCCAGGGUUGAACGCGUGCUUGAGCUCUGUGGUGUAGCGGCCAACAAGAACACCGUUCCCGGUGACAAGUCUGCUCUGAAGCCUGGUGGGUUGCGAAUGGGUUCACCAGCCAUGACCACGCGAGGCUUCCAACCCAACGACUUCACGCGAGUCGCAGAAAUCGUCGACCGUGCUGUUUCCAUCGCAGUCAAAGUGGACAAGAGUGCGAGACAGGACGCCGAGAGCAAGGGCAAGAAGAACCCGGCAACCGUCAAGAGUUUCCUCGAGUAUGUCAAGGACGGCACCGAAGUGCCAGAGAUCUUGACGUUGAGGCAAGAAGUCGAAGACUGGGUGGGCACUUUUGGAGAGCCGUGGAUCAAGGAAGGUGGCUCCAGUUGA